AAAUAAACGUAAGGGACCAAAUUGAUACUUUUUAAACGUAAAGGACCAAAUUGAAACCUAAAAUAAACGUAAGAGACCAAAUAUAUAGUUAAGCCUUUAUAUAAUACUCACAUAUGUCAAUUAUAUAUCACUUUUCCUAAUUAUUCCAAAAAAAACAUAUCACUUUCCUAUUUACUUGCCAAGCUAGUUUGUCAUGGACCACACUAUAGCUAGCUUCCCACUUGCAUCCAUCUUCAAAGAUUUAAAUUAAUAUAUGACACCCUUUAAUUAUCAACUAAACAAAGAGAAAAAUUCAAAUUAGCAAGAAAAGUGUAGACCCAUGUUUUGUGUGUUAUUGAUCAAUAUCAUCUCCACUAGGACAAAGUUCCUAUAUUCAAAUAUAAUCAAUAUGCAUCAUCUUUUACGUCACAUGAAAAGCCUUCCUCUCCUCUUCCCUAGAAUGAUCUCCUUCCAAUUUCUAUAUAAUCUCUUCUGUUGCAAAGCAUGCAGAAAAAAAGCACUUCUAGCCUCUCACCACUCUUUUGAAUCAUUCAACAUUUAUAUACAGAAUAUCAAUUAUAUAUGUGCCAUUUUUAUAUGACAUGUGGCCUACAUUAGUUGCUAAUAAGAUACUAAAGAAGAGAUUAGGAAGCACUAAUUUUAUAGCAGAUUAUCCUAGUUAUGAUGAACCUUUGUUGGGUUUUGAAGACAUUGAUCAUAGUCUUGAAACGAUUCCUAAUCAUCACAAGGAAAACCACAAAUACAAGAUUUUUGUUAGUACAUGGAACAUAGGUGGAAUUGCACCAGAAGAAGAUCUAAAUAUUGAUGAUUUGUUGGAGACAAACAAUAACUUAUGUGACAUCUAUGUACUUGGGUUUCAAGAAAUAGUACCCCUAAAAGCUUCAAAUGUAUUAGGAUCAGAAAACAAUGAGAUUUCCAAGAAAUGGAAUUCAAUAAUCAGAAAAGCUUUGAACAAGGAUGAGAAAGAUAAAGUUCAUAGUGAAUCCUCACAUGAUGAUUUCCAAUGUAUAAUUAGCAAGCAAAUGGUUGGAAUAUUCAUAUCUGUGUGGAUAAGAAGAGAUAUUCGUCCAUUCAUUCAACAUCCAAAUGUAUCAUGCAUAGGUUGUGGCAUAUUGGGAUGUUUAGGAAACAAGGGGUCUGUAUCAGUGAGAUUUCAAUUGCAUGAAACAAGCUUUUGCUUUGUGUGUAGUCAUCUAGCUUCUGGAGGCAAAGAAGGGGAUGAGAAGUGUAGAAAUUCAAAUGUUGCUGAAAUUUUUUCUAGGACUAGCUUUCCUAGAGGUCCUUUGUUUAAUUUGCCAAGAACUAUUCUAGAUCAUGAUCAUGUAGUAUUGCUUGGAGAUUUAAAUUAUAGGAUUUCUCUACCAGAAGAAACGACACGGUUACUUGUUGAGAAAAGGGAGUGGGAUUCCUUAUUAGAAAAUGAUCAGCUAAUGAUGGAGCUAAUGAAUGGGAACAAUUUAAGAGGAUGGCAUGAAGGACCAAUCAAAUUUGCACCUACCUACAAAUAUUGUCCAAAUUCAGACAUGUACUAUGGAUGCUGUUGUCAUGGAAAAAAGAUUGAAAAGAGGCGAGCACCGGCAUGGUGUGAUCGAAUAGUAUGGUAUGGAAAGGGUUUGAAGCAACUUGAGUACACAAGGAGUGAAUCAAGACUAUCAGAUCAUAGGCCUGUUAAGGCAAUUUUUACUGCAGUAAUAAAGGUUUCAUCAGAAUUCAAAAGCAUACAAAGAUUAUCUCUAUCAGAAAGAUUUGAGCAAAUUAAAACUCCUUUUGAAGUUUCUACUACUGAUGAAAUUAUAUGUAGAAAACAAUCAAGUUUCCAUUUGUAAAUUAACCAUAUAUAUAAAUUAAUGUGUAUAAACAUAAAAAGGGAAUUAGAAUUUGAGUGGAAGGAAAGUGGGAAAGUUGUUGCAGAGAACAUAAAAGUUUUUGUUGCUGAGGAGUAUACAGUAAAGUUGGUUGAUGUUGAAUUAUGUAUAAUUCAUGUUAUUAUAAUGUGAAAGAUGUUGCAACUUGAAA